AUGUCGCAGGAUAUAGGACACGCCCUCGUUCGGAACCACGAAUACUAUCUUCCAGGAGGAGACCUGCAUCUCCUUGCAGAUGGGCAACUCUUCAGAGUCCAUAAGUAUUUCUUCCAGAGGGAAUCCGAGUGGUUCCGAGACCAAAUCGCAACACCCGUUACGCGCGGGAAUCGUCCCCGGGGAACCAGCGAUAGCGACGCAAUCCCGGUACCAGUAAGGUCAUCAGACUUGGAGAAAUUCCUUUGGGUCUUUUACAACCCAACAUACAACCUCCACGCCUGUCUAGCCACAGAUUGGAUUGUCAUCCUGGAACUAGCACAUCACUGGGGCUUUGACGAAGUAAAGAGGCUUGUCAUACGGCAAUUAGAGUCUAAGCAGAUUCGCCUCGUGGAUCGGAUUGCCCUCUACACAGCACAUGGUGUCGACGAUGAGGAGCUCCGGAAGUACAUUCGGAACUAUGCCUGCGGCCCGAGCCGAUAA